AUGAUCAUUCCAAAGGAUAACCGUCGCACCAUUUACGAAAACCUCUUCAAAGAGGGCGUAAUGGUCGCGAAGAAGGACUUCAAUGCUCCCAAGCACGAGGAGCUUGAAGUUCCUAACCUCCAAGUUAUUAAGGCGCUGCAGAGCUUGACGUCAAAGGGCUUCGUGAAAACCCAAUUCUCUUGGCAAUACUACUACUACACUUUGACUCCCGAAGGCGUUGAGUUUCUCCGGGAAUGGCUCCACCUCCCUAAUGAGAUUGUUCCCGCGACCCACAAAAAAGCUCCUCGUCCCCAGCGCCCUGCUGGUGUCCGUCAAGGAGGCGAGGGCGCCUACCGCCCCCCUCGUGGUGGAGACCGUGGAGAUCGUGGCGAGUACAGGAAGAAAGACGAGGGUGCACCUGGUGAAUUUAGGCCGCAAUUUUCUGGCGUUGGUCGGGGUGCCCCCAGAGGAGAGUAA